GCCGGUCUCUCCGUCCCCUGCGCGGCCCGAAGGCCUGAGAAGGAAACGGGGCGAAGCGGAGGACAUGUUGGCGUUGAGCUCCGAGUGCUAGCAGCAGCCAGAGUCUGCGCGGCGACUCCAGCACGGAGGUCUGGGCUGCCUCGCGAUAGCCGCAGUCCUCCCGGGAUGAUGAAACCACCGCAAAGCGGCCUGUCGUUGUCUCGAUUGUGCGCCGUCGUUGUUAGCCCAGCGCCUGUCUGGGCCCCGCUGUUUUGAGAGCCGACCCCCUUGCUCGCACGCCCCGACGAGUUCCGGCUGCCGUCUGGCAGCGCUGGCUGUGUUGUGUGUUUGUGACCAUUGCCUACGACGACGACUGCGUAAACGGCUUGAAAAAGUUAUGCCCGAUCCGUCCGGCCCGUCGGAAUGACUGUCGCCCGAAAACUGUUGGAUGAGCGUAGCGUCGACAAACUGAGGGCUCGAGUGGGAUGCUGGACCGUCCCUCGGAAGUCUAUCCGGACCACAGCUUCAAGAAGAGGCGGCUGGAGGACACUAGCUGUGCCCAGCGGCUGUCCGAUUUGGAGCAGAACCAGGUGAGCGACAUCUCGUCGUCCUCGCUCCAGCAGCAGCAUCCGUCCCAGCAGUGGGAUGCCCUGGGUGGCGGGGGUGAGCUGAAGCGGGCGGGGCUCAAGCGUCGGGCGCCACCGGAUCAUGCUCCUGGGCCGGCCCCAGCAGCAGCCAGACGCCAACCCUCUUCCUCCUCUGCGUGGGCUGGCGGGGGAAGCUCCAGCCGCCAGCACAACAAGGCCGCCACCGUGGCUCCCAACACUUCUAAGGCGAGCACCUCUGAGGGUGACUACCAGCUGGUGCAGCAUGAGGUGCUGUACUCGCAACAGAACCAGUACGAGGUGCUGGAGUUCCUGGGCCGGGGAACCUUUGGCCAGGUGGUCAAGUGCUGGAAGAAAGGCACCAAUGAGAUCGUGGCCAUCAAGAUCCUCAAAAACCACCCGUCCUAUGCUCGGCAGGGGCAGAUCGAAGUCAGCAUCCUGCACCGCCUCGCUCAGGAGCCUGCCGACGACUUCAACUUCGUGCGUGCGUUUGAGUGCUUCUCGCACAAGUCGCACACCUGCCUGGUCUUCGAGAUGCUUGAGCAGAAUCUCUACGACUUCCUCAAGCAGAACAAGUUCUCGCCUCUGCCCCUGAAGUGCAUCCGGCCCGUACUGCAGCAGGUGCUGACGGCGCUGCUCAAGCUCAAGCAGCUGGGUCUCAUCCACGCCGACCUGAAGCCCGAGAACAUCAUGCUGGUGGACCCCGUGCGGCAGCCCUUUCGGGUCAAGGUCAUCGACUUCGGCUCCGCCUCGCACGUCUCAAAGGCGGUCUGCUCGACAUACCUCCAGUCGCGCUACUACCGGGCACCCGAGAUCAUCCUGGGCCUGCCCUUCUGCGAGGCCAUCGACAUGUGGUCGCUGGGCUGUGUCGUGGCUGAGCUGUUCCUCGGCUGGCCGCUCUACCCGGGAUCGUCUGAGUACGACCAAAUCCGCUACAUCAGCCAGACUCAGGGGCUCCCUGCGGAACACCUGCUGAAUGCGGCGGCCAAGACCACGCGCUUCUUUCACCGGGAAACCGACUCCAACUACCCGUUCUGGCGGCUCAAGAGCCCGGAAGAGCACGAAGCCGAGACGGGUGUGCGCUCUAAGGAGGCACGCAAGUACAUCUUCAACUGCCUCGACGACAUGGCGCAGGUGAACGUGCCCACUGACCUCGAAGGGGGCGAGCUGCUUGCCGAGAAGGCCGACCGGCGCGAGUUCGUCGACCUGCUCAAGCGCAUGUUGACUCUGGACCAGGAGCGCCGCGUUGCCCCAGGCGAGGCCCUCAACCACAGCUUUGUCAGCCUGAGCCACCUGGUGGACUAUGCGCACUGCGCCAACGUGCGGGCUUCGGUCCAGACCAUGGAGGCCUGCCGCCGGCCUGGCACGACAUCCGCUGCUGCGGCCCACUUCGCCCGUGGCCCCUCGCCGAGCGCCACCCUCUACGCGGCCCAGGGCCGGGCUGCGGCUGCAGCCGCCGCUCCCGGCAGCCUGUGCGUGUCUUCAAUCCUCUGCCCGCCCGGCGGGGCAUACAGUGUGGGAUCUCCAGCCAAGCAUGUCGUCGUCGCGGCCGCUGCAGCCGCUGCCGCAGCACAGCAGGCGCCCGCAGCUGCUGCGCUUCAGCUGCAGCAGUAUGUGCCGGUGUCGGUCGUCGAGCAGAACGGACGCCAGGUUCUGCUAACCAAUCCGGUGCAGCCAGCAUGGAGCAGCAACCGGCAGAUGCUGGUGCCGGCCACCUGGCAGACUGCUCCCCGCGGCGCUCCUGCCGCCGUGCUCUCGGAGGACGCCUGGAGCCGGUCCCUGGUGCUGGAGCGUGCCGCACUGCUGCCUGAUCGCACUGCUGCGGCGGUCAUUCCCCUGGCCGGCGCACCUUCCUGGGGCCACGUGGUGGCUGCCACGGCUGCCGCCUCGGCUGCAGCCCGGCACCAGCCGACUGCUACGGCUGGACAGCUGAUGGCUGCGCAACACCAUGCAGUGCCGGUUUCGGCUGCCUCACUGUCGGUCUCGUCCUCCCUCUCCAAGCGGCACACCAAGGCCAGCCGCAGCAGCCUGUACCGGGAGGACGACUUGUCGCUUCACCAUCAUCAACAGCAGCUGCAGCAGCCGCUGUCGACGAGCCUGCACUCGUCAUCGCUGCAGCAGUCGUCGCUGUCGCUGGCAUCGCAGCCGUACCGGCACCAGACGCAGCGCCACGCGCCCAUUGCCAUCGACAGCAGCCACCACCACCGAGGCGGCCACACCCUGCAGCCGCCGCACCUGGUGCAGGCGGUGCACCAACAGCAGCAGCUGUCCCCCGUCAAGAAGCGCGUCAAAGAGAGCAGCCCGCCUAAGUGGGAGCCAGCUCCCAGCGCGGCAGCCCUGCUGCCCUCCGCUGCAGCCGCGGUGUCGGCUGGCCGACACCACGAGUCUUCGGCGCACGGGAGCCGCGCCAUAGUCCAGAGUGGCAGCAGCGGCAAGAUUGGCAGCAAGGAGCGCCAGCGUAGCACCAUCGUGAUCCGUGACACUCCGAGUCCUGCCAUCAGCAUCAUCACCAUCAGCUCGGACUCGGAGGACGACUGCGACACCCCUGCCUGUUCGUCGUGCAAGGGUGGCCGUGGCUGCCGCCAGUGCGCAACUCAGCAGCAGGCCUCUUCUGCGUCGCUGCGUCCCCUGCAAGCAGCCGCUGCGGCCGUGCCCCUGGUGAGCUCUACGUGCGCCAGUGUGGUGCCACUGACACCCGAGGAAGAGCGAGGCUCCUACCAGUCGACACCCAGGCAGGGCUGUGGCAGCCGGGCACGUACCCAGGCGGACAGCUCCAGCUGGAGCCAGUCCCUGGGUCAGUGGGCUGCCCCACUGAUCACAGAGCCCAGCUCGGAGGCCACUCCGCUGGCCUCGGUUUUCCAACGUCGCGGAAGCUCUGCAGCGAUGUUGCCCACAUCAUCAUCCUCGGGAGGAGUCCAAGUGGCCACCAGCAGUGGGGGGGCCAUCCACUCGUCCUCGCUGCGUCCGCGCAUGGCCAGCUGCAUCACGGUGCCCGACUCGGACUCCGAGGGUCACUACAGCCCCGCCCGUGCCCUGCCCAACUUCACGAGCAGCGUGCUAGCUGCCAAGGCCAUCAAGCCUGAGCCACAGAGAGACCCGCUGCCGAUCAGCAGCAGCGGCGGCCUGUGCAGCCAGAAGAAGCGGCUUCUGUGCCAUCCGCUGAACGGCGGCGGGGACAUCGUGUUGACGCCCAAGCGGGAGGUGGACGACGACUGCAGCGUCCAGCUGCGGCCCGCCGCCAACGGCUUCCUCGAAGGGGAGCGCCUCGUCAAGUGCAGUGCCCUCAUGCCCCCCGUGUCUGCAGCCGCCACUCUGGGCCGGCCACACCUGUCCCCGCUUCAGCACGUGGGGCAGCCCCUGCACCUGGCUCCUAGCUCGCAGCCGGAGCUGUACAGGUGGGUGCAGUCGGAGAUUGCUCUUCAGCUAGUGUCCAAAAAGCACACUGCGAAGAACGGCGCCAGUGCUGUAUAUUGUCACAGGGAUUCACCAGUACACCGGAGAGACAAUAUAUACAGGCUGCUGCUACCAGAGAAUGGCUGACAGCAUCUCAUGAGG